AUGCUUCAUCAUUCCAAACUAGACAAGUAUUUCUGGGCCGAAGCAGCAAUGACGGCCAUCUACGUCAAGAAUCGACUGCCGUCACCUAAAGUCGUACACAAGACCCCACUUGAGAUCGUCUACAGCUCGAAACCAAGCGUCAAGCACAUGCGAGCAUUCGGGUGUCCGACGUACAUACUUACGCCAAAGGAGAAUCGACUCAAGUGGGAUCCAAAGGCUCGCGUUGGCAUAUUCGUGGGCUACGAAGAAGUGUCGAAGUCGUAUCGAGUUUACGACCUCAAGACAGGAAAAGCGGUUAUCAGUCGCGAUGUCAACUUCGACGAGUCCACCUUUGGACUUCCGCCGCGAUCACUGAUGAAGAUGCCGAUGACCUGGACUUCGAAUUGCUUGAACUCAAUGAUGAAGUGCCGCGUCAGGUGGAGUACAAGCAAAUAG